AUUGCAUGCGAAUACCUUGCACACGGAAACGCGUACGUAACCAAGUAGCUGUGUGUACUAGUAGCGUAACGAAGAAAGCAACUACGUUUCUUUAUCUCUGUUUAUCAUUUUUUGAUAUUAUAUUAUUUUUCAAACAAUUGGAAACUGCAGAGUGAGGAAAAUAAAAUGUCAAGUGGACCGACACAUAAGUAUCGUUAUAAAAAUGUGGGUUUAGACUCACAGGAAUUAAGACGACGUAGAGAAGAAGAAGGUGUGCAAUUAAGAAAACAAAAGCGUGAACAACAAUUAUCAAAAAGACGUAAUGUACCUAAUAUUGUUACCGAUGAGGAUAAUCUUGCCACUGCAGAUGAAUAUUCUAUACCUACACCACAAUUACAAAGUGUUGUUAUAACAAAAAAAUUGGUACAAGCAUUAUACAGUCCUAAUGUAGAAGAUCAAUUAGCAGCUACUCAGAAAUUCAGAAAGUUAUUAUCCAGAGAACCAAAUCCUCCUAUAGACGAAGUUAUACAUACAGGAAUAGUACCUCGAUUUGUUGAAUUUUUGAAAAAUGAUAGUAAUUGUACGCUCCAGUUUGAAGCGGCUUGGGCUUUGACAAAUAUUGCAAGUGGGACAUCUCAACAAACGCGCAUGGUAAUAGAAACAGGAGCUGUACCUACUUUCAUAUCGUUACUCAGUUCUGAGUAUGAAGAUGUUCGAGAACAAGCAGUUUGGGCUUUGGGCAAUAUUGCAGGAGAUAGUCCUGAAUGUAGAGAUCAUGUUAUUAGUUGUGGUGUCCUUACACCACUUUUACAACUUCUUUCUAAAACUGCACAUUUAUCUAUGACACGGAAUGCUGUAUGGGCAUUAUCAAAUCUUUGUCGUGGCAAAAACCCUGCACCUGUAUUUUCAAAAGUGGCACCAUCCUUACCAGUUUUAGCUCAUCUUCUUAAUCAUCCAGAUUCAGAUGUUCUUGCCGAUACUUGUUGGGCUUUGUCAUAUUUAAGUGAUGGGCCAAACGAUAAAAUACAAGCAGUUAUAGAUGCUGGUGUUUGUAGGCGCCUUGUAGAACUUUUGAUGCGUGAAGAAAGCAAUGUAGUAAGUGCAGCUCUUCGUGCUGUUGGUAAUAUAGUUACUGGAGAUGACGUGCAAACUCAAGUCGUACUAAAUUGUUCAGCGCUCCCUUGUUUAUUACAUCUUUUGAAUUCUUCACGAGAAAGCAUACGUAAGGAAGCUUGUUGGACAGUAUCUAAUAUCACUGCUGGUAACCCUCAGCAAAUACAGGCUGUUAUUGAUGCUAACAUUUUCCCUGUAUUAAUUGAUAUAUUAGGAAAAGCCGAAUUUAAAACUCGAAAAGAGGCAGCUUGGGCAAUCACAAAUGCUACCAGCGGUGGUACUCCUGAACAAAUACGUUAUCUUGCUUCACAGAGAUGUAUUUCACCAUUGUGCGAUUUGUUAACCGUUAUGGAUGCAAAAAUUGUGCAGGUUGCAUUAAAUGGUUUAGAAAAUAUUUUACGUCUUGGAGAACAAGACGCUAGUAUGCACAAUGGUAUUAAUCCUUACGCAGUAUUGAUCGAAGAAUGUUAUGGCCUAGAUAAAAUAGAAUUCCUACAAUCUCAUCAAAAUAUGGACAUUUAUCAAAAAGCUUUUGAUAUCAUCGAUCGAUACUUUGGUUCCGAGGAAGAAGACACUAGAAUCGUUCCAUCUAUUGAUUCGCAAGGACAACAAUUUCAAUUCACAGCACCCGAUUCUUCUCAACUUCCAGUCGAAGGCUUCGAAUUCUAAAUGAUUAAUUAUUGAUUGAAACCUGGAAUACGUGCUUCUGAAUACGAUGUUCCACGCUAUCUUUUACGAUCCUUAAUCUCAUGAGAAAUGUAAUAUCUCUAAAACUGAAAUACCAACUAGCUGUACGAGUUUUCUCAUACAUUGUAUUAUUACAAAUGCUUUUGAGUUCGUAUUCAUCAAAAAAUAUCAAUAGUACCCCCCUUUAAAAGUACUAGAUUUUUCACAUAACAAUGAAGAUGCAAAAUGAAUAUUUAUCGUAAUUUUUAACGCAUUUUACUUUUACCAGGUCAUAUGUUCCGUUAAUGUUGCAUCAAUUGCUUUGGCUUUCUCUCUCUCUCUCUGUCUCUCUCUCUCUCUCUCUCUCUCUCUCUCUCUUUCUCUCUCUCUCUCUCUCUCCUUUUAAAACCUUUACUAAAUUAUAACAGUAAAGCUUUUAUCAAAGCUUUCGUAUAAUACGUACUAAUGGAUCGAUUAGUAAACUUAUUCAUAUACUUAUGCAGCGUAAAGCAUUCAGUUUAACAGAGAUAAAAAAAAAGAAAUUGUUUAGUGCUUAAAAAGUAAGUAUGGCUUAAGCACUAAAUGUGGUAAAGAACCGAUUCAAUCAAAGGGCAGAUAUAUACAUACACCUUAUUAUGACGUGACUGACUCAGAAUUACGACACUUGCGCAAUUUGCAAGACACUGUACGACUGAAGUACACGACUACAGCCAAUUCGGACAACAUUACACAACGUGGUAUUCACCUCCUUACUAUGCUAGGUAAAAAUAUGACCAAUUAAACUUUUUUACUGUAAAUACGUAUUUCAUAAUAUUAAGGCUGUUCUAUACAGAGUGCCCUGAUAGAGGAAACCCAUAAUUACAAAUCAGACAAUUGUAAACAAACCGAUUUACUUUUCUAAAAUACUUGCAAGCAAUAGAAGCAUGAAAUUUCAAUAUUUAAAGAAAAAGAUGGUAUAUAUAAACGAAUGAUUUUAUAUUAGUUUACGUAGAAUAUUCAUUUCUUGUAUUUUUUUGUUCACUUUUCUUUUUUCAUUGUACACAAAAGCAUAGUAAGUUAUUAUCUAAUUCAACAACGGCCAUUCAAAACUAUAAUUGGAUAUGGAAAAGAUAAAUUUUUAAUCAUUGUCAUUGUAAUCGAUAUAAAUGGUACGAUUAUAAAUUGUAAUUUCUAAUAUUUAGAAAAUUCGUAAGAAUUAUGUAUCAAUCAAGGAAGUAAAUUGCAUGUGUAAGGAUUGAAAAUUGUUUAUGUUACUAUUGUAUAGCACAUUAGAUUUUGGACAUUCUGUAUAAAAAGUCUGUGACUGUAUAAAUUGUAUUUAUUAUUUAGGUUUGACGAUACUAUAUUAUAUACAAUUUCUAUAUAUACUUCCUACUUUUAGUUACCGAUUUGAAUUACGACAGAAACCGACUGUAUCAUAAUAAAACUCAAUAGUAGAAACUUUGCUAAUACAUUUUUUUAGCAAAGUAUGCAACUAUGAGUACUUGUUGCCAAUUUAUAACAUACCAUAGUACAUAAGUAUAUUCAAAAGAUAUUUACCUCUUUUUUACUAACAUUCUACUGCAUGUAACAUCUUUCGAUAUAGAAAUUCAAUAGAACACUUUAUAAUAAUGCCAAAAAAUGAAUAAAACAAAAGGAUUAUUAAAAUAAGUGUAAUUUGAUUUUCAUCAAGAAUUCUACAUAAAGAAGAUAAAACAAAACUUUUUGCAAUAUAUGUAUAAUUAUUAACUUUAAUAUGUUUAUAUAAUUUAUUAUACUUAAUGAACUAUUGACGAAUAUUUAUAUUUAACAAGAUAAAUUUUUUAUAUUUUUUCCAAUAAAUAUUCGUACAUAAAUUAACUCGAUUUAUAAGCAAAUUAUGUACAAUAUAUGUUUACGAAUUAAUAUUUUUCAAAAGUUCAUGCAAUAGAUCGCAAUAUUAAUUAUUAUUGAUUAAAUUUUUUAUCUGUAUGUGCAAUAAUUUAAAAUAAUUGUAAGUAAUCAAUGAUAUUGUAAAUUGGCAAUGAGCCCCAUAAACGUACGAUUUCUGACGAUACUUGUAACACCGACUGCCGACUAUUACGCUGUAAUGGUAAUAACGAAAAUGUGGAGUGAAACAUGCAUGAAGUAAUCCAUUUUACUAUACUUUAAACUCGAAUAAUCUUGGCCGGUAUAGGCAAAAUCUAGCAUUAUAUCAGAGGCAUCUAUCUCGUUGUUAUAUUUUUUAUAAGUUUGUAGAAAUUAUCUUGAAUUAUGCUUUACAUAGUUCAUUUACGAAUGUCGUUCUGUAUCAUUGUUUGGCAUAACAAAAUAAAUUUGCAUAAUAAUAAAUA